UUCAAAAGGAAAGGUUCCCUGUCUGACACGUGCUAAGGGCUAAGUACGAAAAUGAGUAAAAGCAAAGUUAAAUAUUCUUCCAGCAAACAGUUCAUCGAGGAAAGCAGAAAUGAACUUGUCCUGACUGAAUUCGAAGUCCUUAACGCGGAAGCCACAAAUUUUCCAGGAAAUCAUUAUGGGUACAACGAUACAUGGACCCUAGAAAAGUUCAAGAAGAAACUGAAAAUCAAUGUUAUUCGCAUUGACAACCUAGAGAUGGAAUUUGAUAUAAUUGGUGUUGAUCCGUCUGUGACAAAUGCUCUGCGUCGAAUCUUGCUUUCUGAUAUACCUACAAUGGCUUUCGACAGAGUAUUUAUGUUCAAUAAUACCUCCAUCAUACAAGAUGAAGUGUUGGCACACAGGCUAGGGUUGAUUCCUUUGAAAGCAGACCCAAGGUUAUUUGAGUUUAGAAGGGAAGGCGAUGAAGUAGGUACCCAAGAAGAUACAUUAGAAUUUGAAUUAAAAGUAAAAUGUUCAUGGAAUCCUUCUAGAACUAAAGAUCACACUAAUCCUGAAGAUUUAUACAGAGAUUUCAGAGUUCUAACAUCACACAUGAAGUGGAUUCCACUUGGUGGCCAAAAAGAUCUACUUAGCCCAGACGCAGUGGGGCCAGUAUACGACGAUAUUCUUAUCGCCAAAAUGAGGCCCGGUCAUGAACUCGAUGUAAAACUCCAUGCUUUAAAGGGAACUGGCAGAGAUCACGCCAAAUUUUCACCUGUUGCUACUGCUUUUUAUCGUUUACUGCCUCAAGUAAAGCUACUACGAGACGUGGAAGGUGAAGCCGCUGAAAGAUUGCAAAAAUGCUUUUCCCCCGGAGUUAUCGAUUUGGUAGACGCCCCAUCAGGUGGCGGAAAAAAGAUCGCAAAAGUCAAUGAUGCACGAUAUGAUAUUUGUAGCCGCAAUGUUUUCCGACACGAAGAUCUAAAAGAAGAUACCGUGAAGUUGACCCGUGCGCGAGAUCACUUCAUCUUUUACAUAGAGUCCACGGGAGCACUACCACCUGAAGUUCUAUUUGUCGAAGCCGCUAAAAUCCUAUCACAAAAGUGCCGCGUAUUUUUGGAUGAAUUAAAGAGUGGAUUGUAAGGAUUGUUUUCCGAAUAGACGCGAUGAUACAUGUU